CAGAUAUCCCAGCCUCUUCUCCUUGAGCAGAUACGCUGAAACAGAUGCAGCACGAGAUGUAUUGAGUGGAAUAAUCUGGCUUCUCUCGCAGACAGGGGGUGAGAGUCAAUCAUAUCAGACCAAAACAAGGGCUGUGGAUUGAGCGCGCACAUUGUGUUGUUUUGAUACAGAGCAUCCUUCCACUCUCAGGAAUCCACCCGCAUCACAAGCUUCUUUUUAGGUGGAGCAGACUCAAGAGGCGUCCUUAGAGAGAACAGGUUUCUGGGACACUUGUCAGCUAAAGUUUUACUUGAGGCAUUCCCCAUUUAAGAAGAAUGGGACCUUUUCAGGCACUCAAGGUGAAGUCAGCAGAGAAGGGAAGCAUGCGCAGCCGUAUCCCCCGUCUUAUCCUCAACCCCUUGCGUCCUAAAGGCAAGGAAUCCUCUGUGUCCAACAUGCCAUUGUCAGAGGAGGAGAGCAAGGAUUUCGACAUUAGUUCCCAGCACUCAAAAAGAACCAUCAGUCCCAACAGCUUGUCCUCAGAUGACACUGGAUGCCCAAGCAGUCAGUGUGCAUCUCCAGCCAAGACCCCCUCAGGUUCCAACUACAUCCCACUGGGUACACCUUCUCUGGGAGAGCGCAAGGUCAAGGUGAAGAGAGUGAGAAUGAAUGUAGUGGCCGAGUGGAGCACACCCACACCAAAGCACAAGCAGGGGAAGCAACAGCAUACAACCAUAAUGCAUAAAAGCAGUGAGACUGAUUUCAGCUCAUCUAGCAGCACUGAAAGCUGUAAGACACAUGAAGCUCGGCCUAGCAUCUCCGCCGGAAAGGGCUCAUCUUCUCGUAGCCAUGCGCCCCACAUCAGAAGCCUGCCUGUGUUCAAGCCUGCAGGAAGCCCCACUGCCCAGCGCAAUGCAGAGCUUUAUGCUCCUUACAGGACACCACCUAAACCUCACUCCAUCAGCAACAGCAGUAGCAACUCCAGUUCCACAAGGAGAAGGACCAAUCUUGUGCAAUACCAUUCAUGCAGAGACAAUCAUGGCAUUAGGCCGCCAAACCCAGAGCAGUACCUGACCCCUCUACAGCAGAAAGAGGUCACCAUACGCCACAUCAAUUCCAAGCUCAGAGAAUCAGAGAACACAGUUUGUGACCGGGAGGCUGAGAUUGAGGAGCUGAAAGCUCAAUUGGGUCGUAUGCGAGAAGAUUGGAUUGAGGAGGAAUGUCACCGUGUGGAAGCCCAGCUAGCUCUCAAAGAAGCCCGCAAGGAGAUCAAGCAGCUGCGCCAAGUGGUGGAAACCAUGAAAGACAGCCUGAUUGAGAAGGACAAGGGUAUCCAGAAGUACUUCAUUGACAUAAAUAUCCAAAACAGGAAGCUGGAGUCCUUGCUCCACAGCAUGGAGUUGGCCCAAAGUGGCUGCAACUUGCAAGAUGAGCCCACGCUAGACUUUAUCAGCGAGACUCCAGAGAGGUCCACCACAGGCAAGCUGGAAAUAGGGCAGCAGGUUGAGGAACAAGGGAUGGAGCAGAUGGCUGAUUGCGAGCUGCUGACAAAUGAUGAAAUGGCAAACAGAGCAGAUCUUCUGGAGCAAGUUCUCAUGUCCACAGCUGUGGAUUCCAGCCAGGACUGUGGCACAAAGAUCAUUCACCAGCCUGGACUGUCGACCUUGGAGAGUGUCUCGGAGGUGAAGAGCACAGAAGAACACGUUUUAAGUGGCCUCUUUGGUGCAGAGGAGAAAGGUGUCCAGACUGAUGAGAUGGUCUACACUGCUGAUCUCCAUGCCCUUCUUCUCCAGCUUCUGAAGCUCCAUGGGGGUGGGCUUGCUGGCCUGCUUAUUCCUUCUCCCAAACAAUCCCAGGAAUUAUCUUCAGCACAGGUUCCAAAGAAGGUAGAGGACUUGUCUGGAGCCCAAGACCCCAAAAAGGAGAAGGUACCUAAAGAACAAGCCGAAGACCAAGAAAUGAAAGAGGUUGGCCAAAUUAGCACAGUCUUAACAUCUCAAAAUCCCAGUGAUUCCGGUCUGUGCUUUUCUGAGCCUGAAUUGAACCCCCAGUUCAGGGAGGAGUUGGAUUUUGACCCGGAGUGUUCCAGGAACACCAAUAGCAUGGCAGUGAUUGGGAAAAGACAAUGGAGCAACAACUUUCUGGUUGAUCUGGUUGCCGUGGCAGCACCUGUGCUUCCCACUGUGGCGUGGCUCUACUCUCAGCAUGGUUUGGUUGGAGGGGCUCCUGUGUACAACAUCGCAGCUUUGAUUCGUGGCUGUUGCAUUAUGGGAUUGCACUCACUCCGCCAUGUCUCACACGGGCCAGACACUUAGUGGUCCUCACCCACACGAAAAGUUUCAACGAGCACUUUUACUUCAUCUAAAUGUAGAGAUUGUGUUGUCGUACACCUGUGAUUAAUAGGUACUCACGUCUUUUGACUUUCAGUUGCUACAUUCCUACUUUGCUCUGCGUAUACUUGCCAAGGGUUGAUUUACUGAGGAUUAAUUUAAUUAUAAAAGGGUUAAAAGUGACCCGUGUUUUGUCAUUUUUGUUAUUUAUUGCUCUUAUGUUUGUGUAUAAAUGUAAUAUUAUUUUUUUUAUUUAUUUUUUUGGCAUAACAUUGGUUAUCUGGGUUGGUGGUUUAUGCUGCUCAAGUCUUGUUCUUUGCUGACUGCCCUAAUCUCUGCUUUUUAUAGAGUAAUUUGGAGAAAAGAAUAGGGGUUGACUGUCAUUUGGCUGUUUUGUUGUAGUUAAAACAUCACACUGUGUUCCAAAAGAACUAAAAUCUUCUGCCAAAGCUUAAAUGUGUUUUGUGUUUAAGUGAAAAUUUAUUUUUCUCCUUUGAGUUAGAGCCUUUACAUGUCGAUCUGUUAACUGACAUUUUCCUCAAAGGCAGCAGUUACUACAGCGAACAAUUGUUAUGUGCCUGAGCUAUGUGCAAUAUUGCAAUUAGGAUGUAUCAAUAUAUUUAUUAUUAAAGCAUGGAA